CUCCACUUUGGUGACGUCAACGGGAGCACGUGGGUUUGUUAUUGCAGGAAGUGAAGAUGGCGGAACAGUCGUUGCUCUCCGAGUCUCUGCUCGGAUGGUCUAUUUUCACAUUUAUACUUUUGGUAAUCCUGGCUUUCUGUUGGGUCUACAUUCGGAAAUUUCAAAGUCGUCAGGAGAGUGAAGUUGUUUCAACUAUCACAGCAAUAUGUGCACUUGCCAUUGCUUUGAUAACGUCUGCACUUCUUCCAGUGGAUAUAUUCCUUGUUUCGUUCAUGAAGUAUCCCAAUGGUACCUAUAAGGAAUGGGCAGCAAACAAUGAGACGAGAGGCCAAAUUGAAGACACUGUGCUGUAUGGAUAUUACACACUUUACUCCAUCAUACUCUUGUGUGUCUUCCUAUGGAUCCCCUUUGUUUAUUUCUACUAUGAAGAAAGGGAUGACAACAAUGUGAACAAAUGCUCGCAAGUGAAAAACGCUCUGAAGUACACAAUUGGAUUCGUCAUUGUCUGCGUGGUGCUCCUUUUAAUUGGAGCCUUCGUUCCACUUGAGGCCCCACCUGCUCAGAAUUCUACUCAAUGGGAGAAAGUACAAUAUCUUUUUGAGGAGCUUGGGAGUAGUCAUGGUCUACCUGCUCUGGCUUUCUCCAUUAGCUCCUUGACAUUGAUUGGCAUGUUGGCAGUGAUCACUUACACGGCAUACGGUAUGUCUGUACUGCCUUUGAAUCUGAUAAAAGGCACACGGAGUGUGGUGUAUGAACGCCUGGAGAACACAGAGGACAUUGAUGAUGUUGAGCAUCAGAUAGAAAAGCUGAAAUCCAAGUGUAAAGAUGGACGACCUCUUUCCUCAAGGGACAGACACAACCUGCAGGAGCUAGAGGGCAAACUACAGGUCCUCAAGCGCAGGGGGAGACACCUGGAAAUUGCAGAGAGGAACUGCUGCACUAAAGUGGGCUCUGCUCUCAGACCUUUCAAGAUAGUGUUGGGCAUUUUCUUUAUCCUGGUUGCACUGCUGUUCACUGUUGCCCUGUUAAUUUCAAAUUUGGAUAAAGCUCUCCACUCUGCUGGCAUCAGCUCUGGGUUCAUAAUCUUUGGCACAAACCUAACCAAUCCUCUAAAUGAGCUUCUAUUAUCCUUACAACCCGUUUUUCCAUUGGAUUAUAUCCUGAUCACAGUCAUCACCAUGUACUUUGUAGUCACAUCCAUGGCUGGCAUCCGCAACUUGGGCAUCUGGUUCUUCUGGAUAAGGCUAUACAAAAUAAGACCCAAGAGAACUCGCCCCCAGGCUCUUCUCUUCCUCUGUAUGAUUCUUCUCCUGAUUGUCCUGCACACCAGCUACAUGAUCUACAGCCUAGCCCCGCAAUAUGUCAUGUAUGGCAGCCAGAAAUAUCUUGUACAGAGUCAGAUGCCCUCAGCAGGUCCGACCACGAGGAUCUGUGAUGCCGAUGCGCCUGACGACCAGUGCACUGUGACAAGAUCCUAUCUUUUCCUCCACAAGUUUUGGUUCUUCAGCACCAUCUACUACUUUGGUAACUGGGCCUUUAUUGGGGCUUUCCUCAUUGGCCUGGCGGUGUCCUGCUGCAGAGGGAAGAAGUCUGUGAUUGAAGGAGAGGUGGAGGCCGAUGACUCAGACCUAAGUGAUGAUGAAUAUGUGCACUGAAUAUCAGUAUUGGAUCGGACGGGUUUGCAGAUAUUCCAACCAUAAUUUAAAGGGACUAGAAAGUACAAUUUCAUAAACAAACAAAUGGAUGUCAGUAAUUUGUCAUAAUUUAAUUUGUUGGUUUUAAGAAGUUAUUGCAGUGGUCUCUUGUGGACUCGAGUUGAUGCAUCCCUCCCCUUAAUGAGACCACUUAGACUUAUUGUCGUGUCUUUCUCGGUCAAUAUUUUUGAUGACUUUGGGAUUCUGGGAGCGUCCUCCAACUCAGUCCUACCUUGAGAAUUCAGUCAUCAACAGUUUAAAACUGACAGAAGUUGGUCAUUUUUCUACCGGAAGAGAUACGGUUAUUGCGGCAGCAGAGACAGAGUCGUAUAGUGCUCCAAAACUUGGACAUUAAUAUACCUUUUAUGUCCUAUAAACACUUCUAGACCCUUUAAAUGCUUACCGUAUGACAAUAUCUAUAUUGUCUUUAAUAAACCAUUUAAGAUAAAAUACUAUGAAAACAAUUGAGCCUACAGAAAACAUCUUGCUUGUUUCCUGAAAAGCUAGUUGGUAAAUAAUAAAAAAAAAUAAAAAUAAUGAUUAUUAUUGAGCGUUGACAGCAGUCACAUUUUCAAAGUUGGUUUUGCUUGUUUAUGUCUGAGGUUAAAUAUAGUUCUAGGUGAUUUGCUGCUUUUCCCCUGCAUUUAGGUAUUUGCAGUCUCACACUAUUAUUUAAACAAACAUUACUGUACUUGCAUACCUGCACUGUGUGUGAAAUGUAAAGGACCAAUCGUGGCUAUUGUGUUUUCAAGGUUUCAGUUAUUCUCGGUUUUUAAUGAAAUGAGUUCAACAGCUUUUGCACUCUGUGUUGGAAGAACAUGAGAAAAAAAUUGAAUUAAUCAAAGAUAUGGAUGUAAUUUUCUUUUAAUUAAGGAGUACUUCAUCAACAGCCGGCUUGUGACAGAACUAUUAAUGGCUUUUUCUUUUCAGCUUGAUUUCUUUUCUGUAUUUAGUGGUCUAAAUGUCAAAAUGAAUACCAACUGUUUUAAUUCACAAUUAACAAACUGACAGGAUAUAUGAAUAUGAAUGACAUUUUUUUAAAAUUAGGAAAUCAAAUGUUGGUGCCUCAUGAAUGUACAGAACCAUGAUGGGCACACACUUAAGUAUAUGCUAUCCUGAGUUAACCCACAGAGAUCAGCCUGAAUCUUGUGAAUUUUGUUAGUCUGGUGUCCCACCCUCACUGAGAACCAGUGAGCCAGCAGUUGGAAAUGUGGUUAGCUGAUGAUGACAGAAGCUGCAUCACAUGUAGUUUGAAAAGAAUGCUGUUGUGGAAGUUGUGUUCAUGUUUAAUGAUUCCUGCAUUUAAAGAAAUAAACAGAUUUUAAACACUUCAAA